CAAGUCGCCGUUCUGCCACGCUUGCUGGCGCCCACCUCUUUUUCCUCCUCCUCCUCCUCCGCUUCCUUCCGUAGCCAUUUUGGUUCAAGGAACUUUGGCUCAAGCUCCCUCAGGCCAUCCUUCUUCAAGAGCCCGCGCACGCGCGUCCCCUAACUGCUCGCGUGGGAUACCCACAUACACGCGCUUCGAUUCACGAUGGAGGACAUGCCAUUGCCCAAAGCGCCGAUGGAGGACGCGCCGACGUCGCCGUCGGAGCUGAACCUCCCGUUUGUCAACAUCCCGAAGAUCCAGGGGUCGUUGCCACCGCCGAUGCCCGACGGCCCAUCCAUCAUGACCGAUUUCGAGAUCCCAUCGGAGGGGACCGCUUCCAAGGUGCCUGCGGUCGACGUUUGUGCGGCCUGGGCGGGGAAGGAGAAGCACGCGGUCAACGACGCUGAGGUGAAGGAGGAGUGCCUGUCCGACACGAAGAAGGAGUGGGCACUGGGCGACGCCAGCACAGCGCAGGACGAGGCGAAUUGUGACGUGAGCAAGGCUGGCUCGACGCCAGAAUAUACGAGUUCAACAUAUGACGUCGAGAAUCCGCAUGCGGCCAGGGAGCAGGAGGAAGUUGCACUGCGCGACGCCAGCAAGCAGAGCGAUCAUGCGGGUGAUGCCAGCAAGGCCAGCUCGAAAGAGUAUCGUAUAAGCCGCAAGCCGUGGCGCUUGAUCUCAAACCGACGCAGGACAACGAAAAAGUGGCACCACGGGAAGACGUCGCUGCACAAGGCUGCCUGGUAUGCUGAGUGCAUCACUUGCGGUUUGUUCUCCGUCGCAUGUCUUGUUAUGCUCUGCCUGUGGGCACGUCACGUGAACGAGGAAUCGUUUGUGAACACCUUCUUUGUGACCGCGAUAGCGGCAAUGACAUACUUCGCGAAGUCGUGCCACAUGGGGGACAUGGUCAUAAAGGGAGAUUUGGUGCCCAUCGCUCGCUACGUUGACUGGAUCACCACAACUCCUCUGAUGUUGUAUGAGCUCUGCCACAUAGCGCACGCUACCACACCCAUGAUAAUCAUGGUCAUCAUGAGCGACUUACUGAUGCUCGCCACGGGCAUCAUCGCGGCGUUGAUGCCGUGGAAGCCGUACAAGCACCUCAAACAUGUUUGGUUUGGGUUUUCAUGUUUUUUCUAUAUCAUGCUGUUGGUGUCGCUUCAAGUUGACGUGGGGUACAAAGCAAGCAAGCAGAUCGAGGUGGCCGCCAACCUCUUCAAGCAGCUCGAGAUGCUCACUAUCGUGGUUUGGUCGUUCUAUCCGAUCAUUGUGGGCAUUGGGCGUGCGCACCUGGGCCUCAUCACGAAGCCCACCGAGGACAUCUGCCUGUGCAUCCUGGACGUAGUAGCAAAGAUCGGGAUGGAGGGGAUCAUUGUAGGUUCCUGCUUCAACGGCUGCGUCGAGGCAGGGGCGCAUUGAGCGCGCUGUAGGAUCUCUCCGCCGCUUGUCCAGGCUCAUCCAGCGGACCAGCUGUGAGCCUCUGGCCGUUAUAUCUUUUGGCCGAAGUUGUGCCGUGGGCUUUCCCUGGCGGCGCAUCGCGAUCUCGCUCCUUCCCUCCUCUGCGGUGACCAGGGGAGAGGGGCUGGCCCCGGUGGAGCCCCGUUCGCCCCUCCUCCUCCGCCCUGGUGAGCCGUUGCAUCGCGGUCCCCCCCGUCCCGUCAUUUGUGGAGCCGACGCCCUGGCACGUGGACGGGGCACUCCGUCUCUCUUCGGCCUCUGCGCGCUCCAAGAUUUUUCCGACGCGAAGUGCGCGUCUGGAAGCCGCCCCUCACGCAGUGGAAAGGCUGCCAGCGCUCAGCUGUGCAGCCGCACGCUCGUGCGGCAGGGAGUGAGUAAUUCUUAUGUCGCAGUCUAUCGCGCGUUUGUACCACAGCGAAAUAUAUCGCUGCUUCUGGUUUUGAGAGCGUCACUGGUUGGUCCACAACGGCUGGGGUAGGUAAUUCUUCUGUCGCAGUCUCUCUUCGCAGCAAGGUUGCUGCUUUCGGUUUUGAGCGCCUCACUGGUUGGCUGGUCUAGCUCCCCAGGGUGCCGGCGGGGGGGGGGUCGCUUGUGGCAUCCGCGGGGAAGCGACCCGUGUGCGAACCAGUGGGGCCGUCUCACGUUUUUUUUUAGUCGGCAGGAAUGUAAGAGAACGCCAAGGGCCA